UGGAUGCAGCAACUAGCCGGUGAAAAUGCAUGUGCAGGGUGCUUGAUGAUGAGAAAGAGAGGAGGAGGCGGAAGGAUGAAUAGGACGGCAAGUUGUCCUUGGCAAGGACCGGACCUCUUCCUCCCCCACCACAUGCUCUUGUUCCCCUCCCCCUCCGCUAGGUUCUAUAUAUACAUACUCCAGCCAUCAACCCAACCCAACUUCACUCCAAUCCACUCCCAGCCAAGUACUCAUUAACACUCAGCUUAAUUCCUCCGAGCUAGCCUAGCAAUUGAUGGCGAUAUGGCGGUCGAACAAGUUGGGUCAGGCGGCGUCGCUGAAGCAGAUCCUGAAGAGAUGCUCCAGUCUCGGCCGGAAGCAGCAGCAGGAGGAUCAGGAGCUGGUGGAUGUGCCCAAGGGGCACUUCGCGGUGUACGUGGGCGAGGCGCGGAGCCGCUUCAUCGUCCCUAUCUCCUUCCUCGCCCACCCGGAGUUCCAGCGACUGCUGCAGGAGGCGGCGGAAGAGUUCGGCUUCGACCACCACAUGGGCGGCCUCAUCAUCCCCUGCGAGGAGGUCGUCUUCCGCUCCCUCACCUCCAUGCUCCGAUGACAUCUAUACUUCGCACUUCGCAUGUUGUACUAUAUGAUGAACCCAUUGGCACUUCAACUGUUUCCUUUCUUUUAUUUUUUUUCCCCCCUCUUCAUCGGAUCGAUGUGAUGGAGGUGUAGCAGUAGUAGUAUUUCCUGACUGGAAUUGAAGCCCAGUGUGGACUGGAUUUGUAUGCCGCCGCCCCGUGCGAACUGAAAUUGGAGUGGGGGAUUGAUCCUUCAGACCUUCCUCCCUCCCUCCCUCCCUUCCUUCCUUCCCCUGUUCUGGUUCAUGUAAUGAGAUUAUUAACCUGGAUAGUUUUGCAGCCUCAAAAACUCAA